GAAAAAAGGGGCGGUGGGAAUCGCCGAGAAACACAGGAAACACCCAUUGAAUUUUUUGGAAGGGAAUAUCGAGUUUCUUCAUAAAAUACCGCAUUAACAUUAUCUAUCAACCCGCAGUUGGUCAAAUCAUAGAUUCAGUUAACAUAUAAUAACGCCACUGAUCCCGCUUCAGUGAAUUUUAGAAAAACAAGUCAACAAAGAUGCUGAUAAAAGUGAAGACGCUCACUGGCAAGGAGAUAGAGAUCGACAUAGAGCCCACAGAUAAGGUGGAGCGGAUUAAAGAAAGGGUGGAGGAGAAAGAGGGGAUUCCUCCCCAACAGCAGAGGUUGAUCUACAGUGGAAAACAGAUGAACGACGAGAAAACAGCUGCAGACUAUAAAAUCCAGGGAGGCUCUGUUCUCCAUCUGGUACUCGCUUUGCGUGGAGGCCAGGUGCUCCGCUCUCCCAGAUGCCUCUACUCAAAGCCUGCAUUGUAGCCAUCACUACAAAACAUGCCUUAGCUUUUGCAAUGCCUACACUAAGAGGAUACACUGAAGACACACAGCCACCAGUUGCGGAGCCACCUGGUGGCGCUGUAGGCAACACAGAGCCAUUGGUAGAAAGAGUUAGAUCAGGUUCUGUUUGUGGCAGCCUCUUCCUUUCAGCCAAGAAUGUGUUGGCUUUGCAAACAUUUCCCCCCACUGUUAUGGCGAGACACUCCACAUGUUAAAGCUAGGCUGGUGGAGAAGACAAAGUUAUUUUCAAAAUUAAACAAGUGUUGGUUAUAGAAUCACAACCCAGAAGUAAUUUGGCUGCCAUGGAAAAUGUACAUGGAGUUUUCUGUUUAUAUCUAAAGCUCUGAAGCAGGAAAAGCCAAGUUUCCCAAAGCAUUUAAGCAGAAAUGUUAUCUUUGUUCCACUAACCCACAGUGAAGUAGAGAUAACGGUAGCAUAGAGAUGCUUUAGGGAAACUCAUUUGGAUUGCAGUCUUUGCCUUCAGAGUGUGACACAAACUAAGGUUUACUUGUUCUGCUUCAUGCAUGCUCUCUACAAAUCGCCCCCACUCACGUAGUAUAAUUACUGAAGCUACUGCAUCAACAUAUCAAAAGUUAAUUUCUCUUGUGAAGCUCCCAUGUAGCUCAGUUAGAUUUGUGAAGGAUGUGCAACAGUGUGCUUAAAAGUUUAGUUUUACACUUUAGGGAAAUGCACAUACUUGCUGUCAAACGCAAAAAAAUCCUUUCAGCACUUCUGAAGUUAACAGAUAACCACGUUGUAAUUUGUUCGUUUGAUAUAUACAAAAAAAAACUUUAAAAUUACUGUCAGAUGCUUUAGGGAGGAUUAUAUGCUGGACUGUUUCUUGGUUCUCGGCAGUUACCAGGCAACAAACGGUCUGCUGUGUAACCCGCCAAUGGAAUUAUCGUUUUAAACUUUUUCUUUUUUCUUUUGUAAGGAUUAAAGAAGCAGAAUAUAAUGUGUUAACUACUGAGCUUCAGAGGUGCUGAUAGUUGAAUUUUCUCACCAUUGGAGCCAGACAAUCUGUUUCCAAUCUUUGUGAUAACAAACGGCUCAGGUGCUAACCUAACUGGCCGUAGCCUUAAUGGAAGAAAAUGAGAGUGGCAUUGAUCUCAUCAUCUAGCAUUAACUCUACACCAGAAAGUGAAUAAGCAUGUUUCCCAAAAUGUCGAACUGUUCCUAUAAGGGAAAACAAUAACUAAACGUGUUUUAUGUGCUUUGUGUGUCAGGAAAACCUCCUGCCACUUAAAUCAUUUACCACAUAGUGUGCUUUACUCCUGCUUCAUAAACAGACUGAGCAUGUCCACUCAGUAGGAUAAUGUUUUAUAACAUUUCAUGUGAAUUUAAUUUGUUAAGAGUAAUUUGUUUUUGUGCCGAUUGCAUAUUUUUACUGUUGCAAGAAGACGAGGGGCUUGCUGACUAUGGUCCUGUCUGACAAUGGCUUCAGUUUACAUGGAUAUUGUUAGGUUUGUUUGUAUGUUCAGAGAAGCAGUGUUAACUUUUGGGAUUGCUGUGUAUGCACCUAUAUGCUGCCCCCACACCCCACUUAAAUUCACACAGUUGUGUGAAACUGGCCUAUGCUGUGGAUUAGUUUGUGAGGAGAAUAAAAAUUAUGUUGAUGCUAAAAA